CCAAGGGGGAGAGAGAGAGCGCGGCAUUUUCUGCAGCUGUCGUUUGUUUUUACCUUCGACUGGAAUUUAACUAGAGGUUAGGGCUUGAAAUUUUUGGUGAUUUCUCCACUUAUUGGUGCUUGUCGUCGUGAGUCGUUACCGGCUACCGUCUUCCCCGAAGACUAGCAAUAAACGCACGGAACGUUUUCGAGCUCCCAUACCUUCUCCCUCUCAUCAUCCAUCCUCCCCACCCAUUAGAUCUGUCGAAAAUUAACUGUCAACAUUGUUACCCAUCUCAAAACUCGAACGCAAUCAUACUGGCUAAUCCAAUCGGUUCAUUUUGAUUGCGUUCACUUCGUUCCUGUACUCUGAACUCAAAUAUUUGUCGCAUCAAAUGGCAAACAGAGUUCAAAUUCCAUCAAGAAAUGCAGCACUCAUUGCGAUGAUUGCAGAUGAGGACACAGUAGUUGGAUUUCUGCUGGCUGGAGUGGGCAAUGUUGACUUGCGUAGGAAGACAAAUUACCUAAUCAUCGACUCAAAAACGACUGUCAAGCAAAUUGAAGAUGCUUUCAAAGAGUUCACAACAAGGGAAGAUAUCGCAAUUGUGCUGAUUAGCCAAUAUGUUGCAAAUAUGAUAAGGUUUUUAGUUGAUAGCUACGACAAGCCUGUUCCUGCAAUACUUGAGAUUCCUUCCAAAGACCAUCCUUAUGAUCCUGCGCAUGAUUCUGUCCUUUCACGAGUGAAGUACCUCUUUUCUGCUGAAUCUGUGGCAUCUGGCAGACGUUGAAUGCUUCCUCGAAGCUUGUUUUAUUUCGCAUUGCCCCUUUUAUUGCAUGUUGAACAUCCCCACCAAAAAAAAUCUCCUCGGCUGGACUGUAACCUGAAUAAUCUUGCUUUUGUGGGUUUUUGUCCUUUUUGCAUAAAUUAGCGUGAUGCAUUUGCAUUGCUAGUUUCAUAAAGAAAUAAGAUUCAUGGUUUGUAAUCAUAUAUAGAUAUAAUAAACUGUUUGUGGUUUAUAUAUAUAUAUAUAUAUAUAUGUAAUGACCAUAACUGAACGAGAUUUGAGUAUUUUCAGAUCUAAUUAGAUGUAACUGUUUGAAAA